GGCCCGUGCGGCCAAUGGGAGCGCGCAGCCGUGUGGUGGCGCCGGUGCGCACUGGGAAAUUGAGUGCGAGCCUGAGGCCCGACGAGACGAGACGGAGGAGGACAUGGCGCUCCCCGGCUACAGGCAGCCUCCAAAGCGGCGUCAGCGCGGUGGGGCCCAAGGCCCUGACCAGGGAGACCCCAACCAGCUGUUUGAUGACACCAGCUUCGGAGUGGGGCCCCCUGGCGGCGGCAUGGCAGCGGGCCCAGGAGGAGGGGUCUACGGAGAGAGUCCGGGAUCUGCCUUCCAUGUGCCAGGCUUCCUCAACGACCCCAUGGCAAACCCCAUGACCAACAUGGCCAUGGCCUACGGCUCCACGCUUGCCAAUCAAGGCAAGGAGGCCGUCGAGAAAAACAUUGACAGGUUCUUCUCGGUGAAGAAACUCAAGUAUUACUUCGCGGUGGACACUGUGUACGUGGGGAAGAAGCUGGGCAUCCUGCUGUUCCCUUACACACACCAGAACUGGGAGAUGCGCUAUCAACAGGACGCGCCCGUGGCCCCGCGUGUUGACCUUAAUGCGCCCGACCUCUACAUCCCAUCCAUGGCGUUCAUAACCUACCUCCUGGUCACCGGAGUGGCUCUUGGCACCCAAAACCGGUUCUCGCCGGAGCAGCUGGGCAUGCAGGCGAGCUCGGCGCUCGUGUGGCUUAUCAUGGAGACCCUGGCGGUGCUGCUCAGCCUCUACCUCAUCACCGUGCGCACUGACCUCACCACCUUCGACAUCGUCGCCUUCGCCGGAUACAAAUACGUCGGGAUGAUCGUGAGCUUGCUGGCCGGGUUGCUGUUCGGGGGCAACGCCUACUACAUGGUGCUCGCAUGGUGCUCCUGCGCCAGCUUCUUCUUCACUAUCCGGACGCUGCGGCUGAAGAUCCUGGCCGACAUGUCUGCAGACAGCAGCAUCGUGCGGAGCAGCAAAAACCAACUGCGCAUGUACCUCACCUUCUCCAUUGCUGCCCUGCAGCCCGCCCUCAUGUACUGGCUCUCCUUCCACUUGCUGCGAUAAGGCCCCAUGCCCCACCCCUGCCACCAGCUGCUAUAGGGGCCCCUAGCUCUGACGUUAGCACCUGCUGCAAUAGUGCCACGAGUCGGAGCCGUACCAACUGUUGCAAAUGGGUCCCUAAUCCAAACAUUGGCUCCCGUAGCCCCAGCUGCCCAGGCCAUUUGGUGUUUUCCCUCGUAUCCUGCCCUCUGCCGCCUGCACGUGGCUCCAAUUACCUUUUUUUUUUGUGGCCACUCCUGAACUGCUUACCUCUACAAACUGCUGAUUGGGUUGGCCGUUGUGACCCGAUUGGCUUGGCCAUUGUGACCCACUUGGCCCUGAACACACUCCAGCCUCCACCAUUCUGAUGCCACUCAUUCUUCCCUCCUUCGGCCGAGCUGUCCCUCAGCCUGUGGCUGCAUACAUUAGACUGGUGAAUGUCAGCAUUCCGCCUUGGCUGAGCAGCCCCUCCUAGGUCCUGUCUCGUAAGCGGAACAGGAAGCCAGCAAUCCGCAGUAGUGAAGAGACCUCGUUUGGUACUGCAGGAUGGACUCCCAGAGCGGGCUGGUGAGCGGGCUGGUGAGGGGGCUUCACUGCGCAUCGGCAAAGUCCAUGGCUGCUACGCAUAAAAAAAAAAAUUCUUGCAUAGUACCAAGCCAAACUGAAAAUGUAUUGUAAUUGGACCAUUAUUUACUUUAAUUACUUUGUGUCGAAAUAUGCCUUUUUUUAUAUCUGUCCGCUUAAUUCGGCGAACAAAAGUCACAACGAUCGAUUCCUGCGUCUGCAGGCGUGGAACUAAAGGGAGUGCAAACCCAUGGGGUUCCCAAGCUGGAGGUGUAGGCCGCUGGGAGGACAGGAAGGAUGGCCCCCCUGGGCUGGGGAGCAGGAAUCCCUUAACUAAUCCCUCCCGGUCAAGGCAAUCAUAAGUUCUCCCUGCCCCAUCCGUGUGUAAUCUUCGGCGAUAGUGGCGCACGUGCGUCCUGUCCGUGAGCCCGUGACACUAGUUCUGUUAGUUUUAUUCGCACGUCAUUUGCAGUGGCUCGGCACAGUACUUGAUAUGGCCUCGCUUCCAGCUGCUCCUUUGGACUCGGGCUGGAGUGACGAGCAGGACUCCACUGACUUGAGUCUUGGCGUGGUUGAGCCUCGUCCUAACCCAACGUAGUUGUGAGGGUGUGGAUUUUCCCAAGGAGGCUUCUACAGUAGCUACCAUGAGCUGGGAGCGAAAGAGGAACUGGUACGAGGGGCCAUGGGUGGAAUGGCGCUGCGUUCUCCGGCCGCGCCCCACUUCGCGGUUAUAUUUGUUGAGCCAAGCAUCCUCCGCAAGACCUGUGUCCGUGCUGAGACGGCCCGGGCUCCAUGUUGAUGCGGAUGUGGUGGAGUGGGGCCUCCGUGGGGCCAGUGGUUGUCAGCAGCUCGAGUGAUGCGUGCUGUCUGCGUUGUGUCAAGGAAUUAAACUUUGUUCUUGAUCUCUGCACACGCGAACGUUUUAUGUCUACGUACAAGCGACUUCCGAGUUCUGUUCCUGUAACUGGUGCAGUAAACUCAACACCUUCAUCAAUAAGGCUGCUUUAAGGGAAACUAUGCAUCUGUUAUAUAUUUUGGAUAUUUUAUAAUGUUUUGGUUGUUUGUGCUUUUGCACCACUGUCAACGCAGUUUCAACAAAUAAUGUGCUUAGUCUUGAGUUAAUGUACAGUCUCAAGUCUUCUCCUUCGAGAGGGGGACUCGGCUGGUGUCCACUGAAUGGCUCAUGGGAAGAGGCUUGUGGUGACACCUGGGGGAUGGUGGCUACAUUGCGGCACCCGCGCCGAUCUCACGAUAAAUAUUGUGAGACUUUCAGUGAUGUGGAUGUCAAACUAAGAGUAUAAAGCCUCUCUUUAAGUCGGACCAAUUGUGGGAGAAGGAGGUGGGGCUUUCCCGUCAUGGGGAUGUCCGACAAUCUGCAAAUAAAUAACAAGAGUUUAUGAAAUGUGA